GGAUAUGCGGGAAAACGUGGCCAUGAGCUGAGCUGCACUACCAUAAGAUCCCCUCGUUCUAAACCAAUUCGAUGGUCGGAUAUAUCCCAUCUUGAAGAUCACACCAUGUUUGCAUGUGUACGCGUGCUACAUGUCCAGUCGGCCGUUGAAGAUUGACCUAAAAGAUAAGCUUACGUUACAAUACAAGCUUCUAGUCUGAUGUCUAACGUACACGACAUGUGCAAUGCAUUCAUCCGACGAAUAUUAUGCGACGAUAAGGUAGAUGCUUACGUGACUUGUCCUAACAGAAUCGGUGCGUGAAGAUUCGGAGCCUUCAAAUUCGGUAUCAAGAAAUGUAUCGCCAAUAUUGCACAUUAUUGCCGGUAGCACAGAAUAAGCUGAAGUUGAGGAUCCUGAUGUAGCUUUUCCGAAUCUCUAGGAAGCCUCUACGAAUCGGCCUUGAUCUUGGAAAAUUAAUCCUGGUUCUCAAUGGUCCUUAUACUAUUCAAUAUGCUUUUGAAAAAUUUGGUGGAAUAUUUUGUCUCCUAGCUAGUCUAACUUCAUUCUCUCAUAUUGUUGUUGACAAUGGCGAUACCUGAAUCUGAUAUUACCACGGCCGGAUCUAAACACUCUUUGGCAGAGAAGCACUCAACCCAGUCUCAAUGGAGCUCGACAUCGGAAGAAUUCGACAACCAAAAAAGCUAUGGCCGUGGCAGUGAAGACGCUAUGAGCGACGAAACUCUUCAAGGCAUGCCUUUUGAAGAGGAGACAUCGACUAUGUCGAAGUUUCACCAUGGGCUUAAAGCACUUGCUAUCACUCUUUUGCCGAGUCCAAUUUCAAGAUUCUGUGGCUACAAAGUCGAAGUUCCUACACGCCAGAGUCCAACAGCAUACCUAGAUGGUAUGCGAGGAGUUGCUUCAUUUUGUGUCUAUCUUGAGCACGUCGCUAUGAAGUUUCAUCCUCUGAUGUUUGAAGAGUAUGGAGACCAUCCGUAUUUCUGGCAACUACCCAUCAUCCGACUUGCAUUCUCUGGCAGUGUAAUGGUUGCCAUAUUUUUUGUUAUUUCUGGCUUUGCUCUGGCGCUUCGACCAUUAGAGUUGAUCUAUGAGAAAGAUUGGGAGCGACUAUACCGUUCAUUAUCUUCUGCCACAUUUCGAAGAGCCUUUCGAAUAGUGCUUCCGCCGAUGGCAGUUACGUUCGUGAUAAUGUUACUCACAAGAACGCACGUGUUUGAUGCCAAAUACUCUGGAACAGUGGAUAUGGAUCUUGGCGGACCAAUUUAUCAAGAAACAUUCUUACUCCAAUUUGUGGACUGGCUGGAAUACGUGUUCAGUAAGCUGCUAUAUCCUUACGAGUGGACUGUAUCACUUCACAAUGUGACAAAAUCGGAAUAUGCGGCACCUCUGUAUACCAUACCAAAAGAAUUAUGGUGUUCUUUCCUACUAUUUAUCACACUCACUGGCUUGGGGAGACUGAGACCAGUCGUUCGUCUUGGGUUCACUUUAUUCUUGAUCUACUACGCAUUUUGGUGUAUGAGAUAUGAUAUUUCUUGCUUUCUUUGCGGAAUGCUCAUCGCUGAGCAUCAUGUUCGUAAAGCGAGAUCUGUGGCUGUACCAAAAUCCAUGAGCAGAAAGUUAAUGUCAGCCUUUGGGUGGUCUGUAGUCUUGUUCGCUGGUUUAUGGCUGGCUUCAAUUCCUCAUAUUCAUGGAUCUUAUGGAUCAACUACCUUCGGAUUCCAAACAAUCUCGGCUAUCAUUUCUUGGGAAUCCAAUGUAUUCGUAGUCGGAUCUAUUCUGAUUGUCUGGGCAAUUUCGAAUCUACCUCUCCUUCAAAAAAUCUUUACUUCUCCAAUUCCUCGAUAUCUAGGCCAGAUUUCAUUUGGUUUGUACUUGGUACAUUGGCCAAUCCUUGCCUCUUGGGGUUGGCGACUUCAACCAGCCAUCUGGAAGCUCACUGGCAAUGAUACUGACUUCAAUCAUGCAUUCGGAUUCACGAUUUCAUUCAUCUGCAUUACCCCGGUUGUUAUAUUUUUCGGAGACUUAUUCUGGCGCGUUGUGGAUCUGGGAUCUAUCAAACUUGCGAGGAAAUUGGAGGCAGAUCUGAUUGUUCAAACUCUCUAAAUACCUAGAUAGAUUUUGACAUUGAAAAGAAUGAUACUCGUACAAAUUUUCCA